AUGGUUUGGCCAAAGGUUUUCAUCAGAAAAGAUAAAGAAGGAAAUGAGCUGGCCGUCAUCCUCAUGGACACUCAAGGCACAUUUGACACGACGAGUGACAUGAUCGAUUCGGCGAUUAUCUUUUCGAUCUCACUCCUUAUGUCUUCCAUCAAGAUUUUCAAUGUUCGAACUCAAAUCGACGCCCAGGAUCUGGAUUCGCUGAAUCUUUUCCUUGCCUUCAGCCAAAGGACCGAUGAAAGGGCGGGACAGCACUUCAUCAUCAUGAUCCGAGACGCACUCCAAUCCGGUUUUCAACCAUCAUACAUCGAGACUCUUCAUGCUCAAACGAGACGAGCUCCUGAAUUGAAAAAGCUACUUGAGGGGAUCUUUUCGGCUUUCGAAAAAAACCUCGUCGAUCACAUCAAAGAGAACAAUCACAAGGCGAUCGGCUCAGCUUUCCAGGCUACUUCCGAGCUCUUCUUCGAAAAAGCCAAAGCAGCCGCAGCUGAGUACUUCGCCGCAGCACACGAUCAGCUGAUGCGCGAGUCCGGGCAUCAGCCAAUAAAUCCAAAAGAGUACGAAGAGACACUCAAGAAAUUCGUCGAUGAAGCACUUCAGGAAUACAGUUCAAAACCACUCUUUGGGACUCAAGAAGUUAAAGAGAAAACUUUCUUGGCGUUGAAGGAGUCUUUAGAGGAAAAAUGCCAAGAGAAGCUGCGUAGCAAUCGGAGCCGUUUCCGCGAUUUUUUGAUGGCCGAUGCGGUGCAUCAAAGCUCAGAGUGUUACGAGAAAGGGAUGAAGCCAGACUUCGGGGAUUCCCUUCUUGGAAAAGCUACCGUUGAACAAGUGAAAGAUCGACACGAGAAAGCCUUUCCUGAAGCAAUGUCACUUUUUGAGAAUGCUGUUGAGCCUUUCAACGAUGAAGUGGAUUUGAUCGAGUCUAAGAGAAAUCUUCUCACUAAGAUGAUUUUGACUCGUUUCGAGGAUCUCCAAAGUGACAACCUCGUCGUUCAACUCAACACAUCUUUGGAUUCAAUGAUCAACGCGCUUGCAGACAAUUACGGAAAAUUUUUGAAAGAGCAAGUUCCAUUGGUCAAGAAAUUAGACGAAAUCGGAUUGUUUAUCGAACGCGGGAUGAACGCUUUGAAUACAAAUUUUGAAGCAAACAAGGCUCAAUUCAUCAUCGACAUUUCUCAACUAAUGCCGAAAAUUGAUUUGAACAUGCUCCGUCAAAUGAUUGACAACUUCAAGGAUGCGAAGAGACCGCUGUUUCAGCGAUGCGAGGACUACUUUGAGUCCGAGGUUCGUGCGCAUUUCAACAUGGAAAAGCUGAGGAACAAGAUGAUCGAUAUGAGACAUCGACAAAACGAAGCACAGAAAAGAUUGCAAGCGGAACAGGGGAGAAUCCAAGAACAACUCACCGAUACACAGCAACAAUUGGAUGAAGAAAAACGCAAACGAGAAGCAGCUGCGAAGAGCAACGAUUUGAAUCCAAUAUUCUUCCUGUUCAAACAAAUGAAUGAACAGACGCAACAACAACUUGAAAACGCGCGUGAAGAGCGGCAACGAAAAGAAAUGAGAGAAGCACAAGAAGAGGCGAAUCGACUCGAGAAAGAAGGGAAUGAGGCGAGGAUUCGGAUGGAGCAACGAAGAGCGGACAACGAGAGAAACGAAAGAAACCGCGAAGAGGAUCGAAAUGAACGAGGAGCCGAGAGGGUUCGCAAAGAAGUCAACGAUCGACUAGAAGAGACAAAAAAACGACAAGAAAAAGCGGCUGCUGAACAGAAAGAAAAAGAGGAAAAAGAAAGAGCUGAAAGAGAAAAAGGACUCAUUCGGAGAGUCUGGGGAUGGAUUUAU